UUCACAUCUCUUUCUUAGUAAAUCAAAACUCCAUCUCUCUCUCUCUCUCUCUCUCUCUCUCUUUCCUGUUUACUUGAAAAACCAAAUCAAAUUCUGCAUUCCUCUGUUUUUCUUUGAAUUUUUGAUGGGACGCAAUUCUUGUUGCUUGAAGCCUAAACUCCGCAAAGGUCUAUGGUCCCCUGAAGAAGAUGAGAAGCUCUUCAAUUACAUUACUACUUUCGGCGUCGGCUGUUGGAGUUCCGUCCCCAAGCUCGCCGGUUUGGAAAGAUGUGGGAAAAGUUGUAGGCUAAGAUGGAUAAACUACCUGAGACCCGAUUUGAAGAGAGGAAUGUUUUCACAACAAGAAGAGGAUUUAAUUAUCAGUCUCCAUGAAGUUUUGGGAAACAGGUGGGCUCAGAUAGCAGCUCAAUUGCCGGGAAGAACAGACAAUGAGAUAAAGAACUUUUGGAAUUCAUGUUUGAAAAAGAAGCUGAUGAAGCAAGGAAUUGAUCCAACAACUCACAAGCCAUUGGAGGAAAAUAUGGAAGCCAUGAAAGAUGCGAAGAAGAACAGUUACAAUAAUGAGAGGCCAAAAAUGGAAGCUAUUCAUCAUCAUCAUCAUCAUCAUCUUCAUGGAAAUGUUUCCAAUAUCACAGAAGAAUCAUCACAGCAUUUUGUUAACAAGAUAGAAUUUGAUUCUCUCAGCUCUUACUUAAAUGGUGAGUACAAUAACAAUUCACAAUUUGCAUCAGCACAAUACAAUUCCAAUAUCAGAUCAUAUGAUCAAAACUUUUUCUAUUCAAAUUCAAGUAUUGGGAUGGGAAGUUAUUCAAGUUGUGAACAUGGGAACAUGUCAAGAACAGAUUUUUCUGAGAAUAAUUCAGCAUCUGGGUUGACUUCAUUUUUGAUGAAUGAAGUGAAAGAAAGCUCAAGUAAUAGUUCAGUAGUGAGUAAUUAUUCAGGGUAUCAUAUGAACAAUCCAGGUGAAAACAACAACAACAACAAUGGAGGUGGAUCUUCAUGGGAAUCGUCUGAGAACAAGCUCGAAAAUUUGUUAGAGUUUCAAACAAAUCAAAUGAAGAACUUGGAAUUCAAAGGAAGUUCUUCUGUUGAAGAAACAAAGAUCAUUCAAAAUCAAAUAAAUUCAGCAACUUUUGGAAGCUAUCCUUUAAUGUCAAUGUCAGAAAAUGAAAGAGCAGGAAGUUUUGGAAUCUUUCAUCACAUAUGAAAUGUAAAAUUUCUUCCUCCAUAUGGUUGUUUUUUUCAUUCCAAAAAAGAGAGAAGAAAAAAAAAGAAAGAAAUUCCUUUGGGUCCUGUUUUUUAUUAUUAUUAUCAUCAUCAUUUUUUUCAGUUUUCACUUUCAAGAAAAAUUAAUUAACACUCAGAUUGUUGAUAGUGAAAGAGGGGUUACCCAUAAAAUCAAAUGAAGGUAUUUGCUUUUUCUUAAUCAUUUUAAAAAAACAGCCACCACUUUUUCUUGUUGGUUGAUUAAUUUUCGAUGUCAUUUCACUCUCUUUUUUCUUUCUGUAAUUGUUCUUGGGACUAAUGAAAUGAUAGUGAUUGAUUGAAAAGAAAAAA